CACCGGGAAAUCAAUUACAGGACAGUUAGCAUUCGACAAGCCUACUGCUAUCACCGCGUAGGCGCGGUCUCGAGCAAUGGCUCCGGCCGAGCUUGAAAGCGACUCCUAGGUUCCCCAUGAUUGAACUUGCAGCCGUCAACGAAGACUUGAGGAUCCACCGCGAUUGACCUCCACUUUCGAAGCCUUCAUAGAGUCGUAGACUGUCGGAAAGCUCGAGAUUCAGAUCUUCUGAGAUUCUUCGAAGCCUAGCUUUCUUACCAAUCCUCAUGAUGCAUUUCACAGCUUUUCCGCGGCCCGUUUGAUUUUGCGUUGGAGCACGUGGCAAUGGUUUGAUCUGAAUCCUGAGCAGCACAUUUCGUAUUACAUGGCCAUGUAGAGCGGCUGGGGUUGUCUGCUUCCACAGCCUUUGGAUUUAUCGAAGGGAACAACAAGUUAUCCGCCAUGGCUUCCUUGCGCUCAUCAGCAUUGGCAUCCGUAUUCCUAAAUCUGCUGGAGCUUUCGUUCGUUCUCGGACAACAGGGCAAGCCAACCAGCCUGUGCGCCGAGCUCAUAGUGCCGAAGGGCUAUCCCUGCGAUGAGAUCAUUGUGGAAACAGCUGAUGGUUUUCUCUUGGGUCUACAACACAUUCCUCAUGGAGUAGCUGCACCCAGUGGACCUGCUGGCCCUGCAGUAUUGCUGCUUCAUGGCCUCAGUGCGGCAGGGGACAAUUUUGUUGUGAACGAUCCAAAAGAAGACUUGGCUUUAAUCUUGGCUGACUCCGGAUUUGACGUCUACAUUGGAAGCAAUCGUAACACCCAGUGGAGCCAUGGCAGCUCCAAGUACAAGCCAGAGGAGAAGGCCUACUGGGACUGGAGUUUGGACGAGCUAUCAUCUUACGACGUGCCUGCUUUUGUGGACUAUGUGUAUAACAAAACGGGCGGCUCUAAGCUCUUCUAUGUGGCCCACUCUCAGGGUACCUUGACAUUGUAUGCCGGACUUAGCGGUGGAGGCCCUGCAGCAGAACAGAUGAAGGACAAGUUGAGAGGAGCAGUCUUUUUGGCUCCAUCAGCUUACGUAACUUACCUGAAUGCUGCAAUUCCAGCAAUAACUUUCGAUGUUUACGCGGAUCAGAUUCUUCCUAUUUUAGGCGUUGGCCCGGCGGACUUUAACCAAAUUCUUAACAUCGUGUGCAAAAUUAGCCCACCCGCCUGCUCAGACUUCUUUCUUGGAUACAUAGGAACGAACAGCUACAUCAAUGAUACUCGCAGGCCUACGUAUCUCAAAUACUUUCCACAGGCAACCUCAUCCUACAACAUUAACCAUUUUGGCCAGAUUAGAAGAUCUGGAAAAUUCCAGAAGUACGACAGAGGAGCUGCAGAGAAUUUGAAGGUUUACGGACAAAAAGAUCCACCACUCUAUGAUCUCUCCAAGUAUCCGUCCGAAAGCUUCCCACAACUGUUUUUCAUCGGAGGCAGAGACCAAGUAGCGAACCCUCGCGACGCUGCAAGACUUCUCAGCGAGCUCCCGAGCACUGGAGAUAGAGAAGUUGUUACUCUUCCAGAUUACGGUCAUGAGGACUUCGUCUUUGGCCAGAGAUCUUACAUAGACGUGUACCCAAAGAUUAUCUCUUUCUUUAGAAGCAAAUAGAUAGCCGAUUUGCUUCUAGAGAAAUUUAAUUUAACUUUCAUCAAAUAUGCAGUCUCUAAGAUAGAGGUAAAGAAUUUUCCCUCUGAGUUUUUUCUUAGUUGGAAAGCAUCAUGGUAUUUAAUGAGAGUCACAUUUUGCAAAGAAGCGAAGCUGGGAUAUUCGUCUGGGUAAAUUACGGGGAAGGUGAUUUAAUGAUCUAUGAUCUGAGUACCUAUGGGUCUGAUCUGAUCAGCUGAUCAGCAACUGUAUACGACAAUGCCAACGGUACACCGUAUUAAAUGUGUCCGUAUUUUCAAUGCCAGAAUUUUGCUUAUCAUUUUCGAUAGGUACAUGUUGAACGGGCUAGGUAGAAGCCAAUCCAACGAGAGGGUUGUGGAUCUAAUGAGUACUAUCAAUAAUUUCGUCUUUUGAAUGUACUUGUCGUACGAGAG